AUGGAUAUGUUGGGGAAGAUCAACAGAAGACUCAGUCUUCAGCAAACAAAAGCUCCUUCUCAAGAAGAAGGAACACUGAUCGACCGGAUAACCUUUGAUCCAUACAGAACAGAAGAGAAGAUAAACGCGGUUCAUAAUCUCGUCGGAAACUUGAUGUCGGACCCGCGACGAAGCCGAAGAGCAUCAUCAGCGACAACGCGAAUCACUGGCAGUCGGCUGCAGUCGAAGGCAGAUUCAAAUGCAGAACGGCAGAUGGAGAAGCAGAUUCGCGACGAUGUCUUCCUAGAACUCGAGUGCGAGAAGACCUUCGCGACCAAUGCCUUUUACUUUUGCCCGUUCAUUGGCUUUCUCGCGAGAAACAGAAUCAAGGAAGCGACAAAGAUGUUCGACAUCGGCUCUUACGAAAGCUGUGUCCGGGAAGCCAAGAAUGCCUUCAAAUAUGCCACGAUUACGUUCACGCUUGGAACGCUUAUCUACUUCACGACGAUUAUUUCGCUGCUUUUAUACUACUUCGCCGAUUGA